AUGAGGACUCUCAAGCUUCAGCUCGACUAUGUUCUGGCGAAGAACAUUCCUCAGUCAGAUAUCCGAAAAUCUAGAGCUGUUUGGGACGCUGCGUUCGACUCUGACCACCGUCCAGUUCUUCUCAGCUUCAAGAUACGGUUCCACAAGAGAAACAGAGGAGUUCCUCUUCAACCGCAAAUCGACAUGGCAAGUCUGAAAGACGAUGAAUGCAGAACAAAAUUCCGCCAACGUGUGUCUAUUCAUGUUGGAGUACGGGCCAGGAAGAAGCUUAACGAUGCGGAUUACCUCACAAAGUGCAUCUAG